AUGCUAAAAGGACAUCUUGCACUUGAUAGCGAAGAAAAACUCACCGCUCUUGGGGAAUGCUUAGCUCAGCUUCCAGUAGACGUAGUAAUUGGCAAGAUGUUGAUCAUGGGAACGUUGUUUGACUUGAUUGAACCUAUUCUCACGAUAGCCGCUUGUCUUAGCGUUCAAAAUCCCCUGACGCGACACGCUUUUGGCAAUGAAGACGCUGUAGCGCGUCUCAAAGAGCUCGAGUCUGAUAUCGAAAUUAAGAACGACAAAAAAUACUCGACGAAAAAGUGGUGUCAAAGACGAGGAAUCGAAGAGCAACGCUUAUACGAAAUAGCCAAUUUACGAAAGCAAUUCAAGCAGAUUCUGAGCGGACACGCUCUUCUUAAUAAUGAAACUGCACGUAUAGCGGAGUUGGACGCCAUGGACUCGAAAGAGAGAAAACUGCGCCAUGGACAAAUGAAGAUGUUAAAAGCUCUGAAGCGAUCAGCGAACGAGGAGCAGAAGAAGCAAAAAAGGCUAAAAUACAAUGAUGGAACACGGCUUGAAAUGGCGCUCCCGGAUGAGGACGAACUUGAGGCCGAAGAAGCGGCUAAAAUUGACAUUACGGACUUGGAGUUCCGAAUGAAACACGACGUUUCGAGAAUAAAUGACCACUCUGCUGCCCACCUAACACAAAAAGACCUGCAAAUGCUACAAAUUCUCAUCUGCGCUGGACUCUACCCUCAAGUUGCCAUUCAGGACAAAAACAACACUUAUUCUGCUGAACAAGAGCAAUUAUUUCACACCAGAGAUAAAAAUUUCCUAACUCUCCAUCCCACUGGUUACUUCGCUAACAAUCCGAAGUCGCUCGAGCCUAAUGGCAAAGAGGAACCUGAUCCUCUCCAGCCAGAGAAAAAACGUCUGGUUUCUCAUCGCCACCAACUUCUCGCUUUUCACAGCUUACUGGAAACAUCUAAGCUCGGAGUUCCGGCAUUACACUCGGUGCUACUGUACUCUUCCGAGUUAGACACGUCCGGUAGUUGCCAGACAAUCGUCGCAGAUCGAUGGCUCGAGUUCCGCAUUCAUCAGGAAGGUGCAGGAUGGGAUAUCAUUGAGGACACUAUUUCCAUCAGAAAAGAGAUAGAAUCCGUCCUAAUCGCCAGACUCGUCGAAAGAGAUGUUUCAGAAAAGGGAGCACUGGAGAAAAAAAUGCUAUCCUUCGUUAAUAAACGUGUGCGAUACUCUGUGAGAAAGCUCGGACCGGCGGAGCGGACAGAACUACAUGUAGGCCCAGGAGAAAAUAAUACGAUGGGCGACGAGUUCGGCGUGGACCUGUCGGAUGCUCAGCCGCACCCAGAGAAAGGAGGAAUCAUGUUGUCGUCGUACCUGACUUUUAACUCGCUCUCGCUUUCUGAAGAUGGCCAAGAUGACAUUUACAUCUCCUCUCUUCGAACGUUCUGGACUUGCGACAUUUGUGAACUCCAUCUGCCUCUUACCUUUCAGGAGCGGACUUUGCAUAGAAAGGAGUGCGAAGAGAAGCAACGUGAGCAAGAACAAGCUCAAGUUGCGGCGAUGGAAGAGAAAUUGAAGGCAGGAGAGGAAGAACACAAAAAGGGCUCGUCCCAGUUUCAUUGCGAUAACUGUUCACAAAUUUUCUACUUUACUCCUAUCCAGAUUUUGAAGCACAGAAAGACUUGUGUCGAGCAGUGA